UGUGUAGCCUGUAGAGUGACGUCAGUGGCUGUAAACGCAUGCAACAUGGAGCCAGGGUCAAGACUGUGGGAGAAGAGUUCUCAACGGAAAUGAAGCCAAUGAGUACUUUCAAAGAGAGAGACGAGGACCGCAAUUAUGGAUAUCUAUUUAAACUUGGGAGAAUUUCUACACGUUACUGACUAACUCGAGUGGGAAUAUGUUUCUUUCGUUCGUUUUUUUUAGGAGUGCUAUGAUUUCCCUUUGCUCCAACAACUGGACUCGAUGGACGCCUAAAGUGAAAAGUUGCUUACAGAUGUUUUAGUUAGUUGUAAGGCUAUUUAAAUGUGUGGCAGUCUACGCCUCUCGGGAUCAGUUAUCUUAGGUAGAACGUUUUUAAAGUUUAGGCGUGAUCAGAUUUCAUUAAGAUAGUGUGUUAUCUUUGGAUGACUGCAGCUGUCUCUUGGUGGAGUAGGCACAAUUCUCACUUGGAUCCGCGCUAUUGGCGACAAAAGAAAACAUUUUCUCAAUCGUUGAAGUCAAAUUGUGUAGCCUAGAAAAAUCGGUACAAUUACAAGUGAGUGUUUUUUUUUUCUUUUUCGGAAGGCAGCAAAGACCCGAUAAAGAAAUUGAUUUAUAAAUCGUGUAUUUUGGCAAACAAAGGAUGUAUAGACCCUCUCUCGGAGUAAUUGACGCCGAACACAAAUCGAAACCGUUGCAAAAAAAUGGAGGGGGAAAUUCACAUUAUGGUGGACAAGAUGUUUGCAACAUGAUUGAAGCUCAGAAUAUUCUGAAGGACGUUUUGGUUUACCAUUUGAACAGUAGCCUAUUUGUGCCAGGCCAUUUCAUAGUACGACCACAAAUCCCUGCCUUCCACGCUACUUGAUAUUAAUAUAUACUUUUCUCUACCUAUGCUUCAGUAGCCUGAUUAUCUUACAUGUAAUUUAAAAUGAGGGUAAACGCGGUGGAUUUGUUGCAAUUGUUACUUGUUUUGCUACUCGGUGGCGAUGGAUCUGCGCUAUCAUCUGAUUGUAAAUCAUAUGAUGAACGUUCAAAAAGCGCAGGGAAAAGCACACAGUCGGCGGUCACGGCCGAUAGGAAAGUGGUCUGCAGCAAUAUGGAACUCCAUCAGGUGUUACCCCCGGACUCCUUCCCCAACAGAACAGUCACGUUGAUUUUAAGCAACAACAAAAUUCAGGAACUGAAGAAUGGAUCCUUCAUCGGGCUGUCUACUUUGGAAAGAUUGGACAUGCGGAACAACAUCAUCAGCCGUAUCGAACCGGGGGCUUUUCUUGGACUGCUCGCACUCAAAAGACUAGACCUGUCCAACAACCGCAUUGGCUGCCUCAACGUGGACAUAUUCAAGGGGCUCUUAAGUCUGGUUCGACUAAACCUUUCAGGAAAUAUGUUUUCAUCGCUAGCCCAAGGGACGUUCGACAGCUUGGUGUCGUUGAAGACAUUGGAGUUCCAGACGCCGUACCUGCUGUGCGACUGCAACCUGCUGUGGCUGCUGCACUGGAUCAAUGACAACAACGUGGGGGUGAAGGACACCAGCUGCUCCUACCCUCGCUCCCUGCAGGGCCAGCUCAUCACCUCCACCAAGCCUGAACUGUUCACCUGUGACGCACCCCUGGAGCUGCCCUCCUUCCAACUGACGCCAUCCCAGCGUCAGGUCGUGUUCCAGGGCGACAGCCUGCCCUUCCAGUGCCAGGCCUCGUUCGUGGCGGAGGACAUGCAGGUGCUGUGGUACCAGGACGGCCGCAUGGUGGAACCCGACGCAGCCCAGGGCAUCUUCAUCGAGAAGAGCAUGGUGCAGAACUGCUCCCUCAUCGCCAGUGCGUUGACCAUCUCCAACAUCCAGCCUGGCUAUACGGGAAACUGGGAGUGUCGUGUGAGGACCAGCCGUGGGAACACCACACGUACCGUCCACAUCAUGGUUCUGGAGAGCUCUGCCAAGUACUGCCCACCCGACAUGGUGUCAAACAACAAGGGAGACUUCAGAUGGCCUCGUACCAUGGCGGGCAUCAGAGCCUACAUGCCCUGCAACAAGUUGGCGUCGGGUGCGGGAAUCUACUCGGGCUCGGGGGGUGAUGAGCUGCGGGCAUGGCGGCACUGUGACCGUGGGGGCCUAUGGGCCGAGGACAACUACUCCCGCUGCCAGUACCAGAAGGACGUCACCCGCAUCCUCUACAUCAUCAACCAGAUGCCUCUGAACAUGACCAACGCAGUGAUCACGGCCCGCCAGCUGCUCGUCUACACAAUUGAGGCCGCCAACUUCUCCGAUAAGAUGGACGUCAUCUUCGUGGCCGAGAUGAUCGAGAAGUUUGGCAAGUUUGCCGAGAAAUACAAGGAGUUGGGGGAUGUGAUGGUGGACAUCUCCAGUAACCUGAUGCUGGCUGACGAGAGGUUGCUGUGGAUGGCUCAGCACGAGGCCAGGGCCUGCUCCCGCAUCGUGGAGUGUCUCCAGAGGAUCGCUGUACACCGCUUAGCCAGCACAGCCCAGGCCUACUCCACCAAUUCCCAUAACAUCGCUCUGGAGGCCCACGCCAUCAAGGCGAGCAGCUUCAACGGCAUGACCUGCACACUGUUUCAGAAGCUGAUGCCUGAACGUGUUGGGAUCAGAGACCUGGGUCCGCGCAUCGACCUAGAUGGCAACCCUGACCGCCAGCUCAGCUUCAAGUGUAACAUCACCAGCACCCUGUCCAGCCUUGCUCUUAAGAACACAAUAGUGGAGGCGUCCCUGCAGCUCCCCCCCUCUCUGUUCUCCCAGUACUCUGUCCCUGGCCAGGCCGGUGACAACGUCUACAAGUUCCACCUGCUGGCCUUUCGCAACGGCAAGCUCUUCCCCUCCACGGGCAAUUCCACCCUGCUGGCCGACGGGGGAAAGAGGAGGAACGUGGCCACCCCCGUGCUCCUGGCCAAGAUAGAGGGUUUCCCACUGCGCGGCCUGCGGAUGCCGGUGAACGCCACGCUGCGGAGGUUUGCCCGUGGCACUGACGCCGUGCCCGCCUGCUGGAACUUCAGCCUGUUGGGUGGGCAGGGCGGUUGGCAAAGUGAGGGCUGCCGUCUCCUGGGCCACCACGACAACUUCACCACGCUCUCCUGUGACUCGCUCAGCAACUAUGCCGUGCUCAUGGAUCUGACUGGGGUGGAGUAUUUCUCUCCCAGCAUCGAGCCUCUCCACCCAGUCAUCUACGCCACGGCUAUCGUCCUCUUGCUCUGUCUACUGAUCAUCAUCAUUAGCUACAUAUACCACCACAGGUCUGUUCGGAUCAGCCGUAAGUACUGGCAUAUGCUGGUCAACCUCUGCCUCCACAUAUUCCUCACCUGUGGCGUCUUUGUGGGUGGCAUCAACCAGACACGCUACGCCAGCGUGUGCCAAGCCGUGGGCAUCAUUCUGCACUACUCUACCCUGGCCACAGCUCUGUGGGUGGGCGUGACGGCACGCAACAUCUACAAGCAGGUGACUCGCAAGGCCAAGCGCUAUGAAGAGCUGGACGAGCCCCCGCCCCCUCCACGACCCAUGCUGAGGUUCUACCUAAUAGGCGGAGGGAUACCGAUCAUAGUCUGUGGCAUAACCGCAGCCGCCAACAUCAAGAACUACGGUAGUCGGGCCAACGCGGCAUAUUGCUGGAUGGCGUGGGAGCCCAGCCUGGGGGCCUUCUUCGGCCCUGUCAGCUUCAUCGUCUUCGUGGACUGCAUGUAUUUCCUUAGCAUCCUCCUCCAGCUGCGACGCCACCCUGAGCGCCGCUACGAACUCAAAGAGCCCGCCGAGGAGCAGCGGCGACUGGCGGUAGCAGGCAGCGAGGCCGGAGAUGUCCCAGCCACCCUCCUCCACCUCCACGACGCCUCGUCCUCCACAGUUUCGGCUCCCCACGCCGUGUCCCUGUUGGCCUUGGAGAACGAGCAUACAUUCGCGGUGCAGCUCCUGGGCGCGGCCGCGGCUCUUGGGCUCUACGCUGCGCUGUGGGUGUUUGGUGCCAUGGCCGUGUCCCAGGAGAGGCCGGCCGAUCUGGUGUUCUCCUGCCUGUUUGGCGUGGUGGCGCUGGCCCUGGGUGGCUUUCUAAUGGCGCACCACUGCGUCAACCGCCAGGACAUGAGGCACCACUGGGCUCAGGCCUGUUGCCCUGGGAGACGGGCAUACUCUGCGCAAGAGGACGCCCUGCUGCCGCUGCCGGGUACAUCCACGGCCUCCGCGGCUGGGUCGAUUGGUAGGGGCAACGGAGAUGCAGUCAAGUGUGCCCACAGCAGCGCUGAGUCCUCCUGCACCAAUAAGAGUGUCCCCAGCAUGCGAAACUCCGCCCAGGGAAGUAAACUGACCAAUCUGCAUGCAGAGGCGGCGCAGAACAAGUCCCUGCCCUUACUACACCUGCCCGCGCUGGCUAAUGGCGCAGCCUUGCUGGACAACAGCCUGACUGAGCACUCUGUGGACAACGAGAUCAAGAUGCACGUGGCUCCUGUGGAGGUGCAGUUCCGGCCUGUCAACAACAACAACAAUCCCACCGCCGCCACCAAUGGACACGCGGGCCGGCACCACAAGAACAGGGCGCGGGCCCACCGGGCCAGCCGACUCACGGUGCUGCGUGAGUAUGCCUAUGAUGUGCCCACCAGCGUGGACAGCAGCGUGCAGAGCACCCCCCACAGGCGGCAUCGCCACGAACACCACGACAGUCAGCAGGCACGGAGCAGCCGACGGGCAGCCUACAUGGCAUACAGAGAGCGCCUCCAGAGCCAGAUGCAACAGGACAGCAGCGACGCCAGCACGUCCCUGCCCCGAAGCUCGCGCUAUGCCGGCAAGGGAGGGGGCAGCACUAGCACCCUGGGCAACGGGGCUGUCAGAGGAGUUGGAAGUGGUAGUGUAGGAACAAUAGUAGGAUCAGGUGGAGAAAGUGAGGGGGUUGGGACUGCUGCUUCCGUUACGAGUAAAAGCAGUAGUAGCGUAAAGCAGCCCAAUAACACAGACCUGGUGGAGGGCCAGCCCAAAUCGUACGGGCUCAACUUGGCUAUACAAAACGGCACGCUCAAAGACAACGGGCAGAACAUGCCUUUAAUCAACACAGAGAGCUUGAGCUCGGCCAACAUAAAGACUGGCCUAUGGAAACACGAAACUACCGUGUAGCGAAUGUUUUCUGCACCAAAGACUGCAUAUCACGUGCUCUACCCUUCAACUGUGAAAUUUAAUUUUAUACUAUUGUUGCUUUUUAGAUUUCUGUACAAUAUUUUUUUUUUUACAUUUAAAAAGAAACAUGUAUCGGGAUAAAUAGUCCCACUAUUUUGAGUUUGUGAAAGUGUGUGUUUUGGAUGCCACUCAUCUGUUUCUGUAGGAGACAUUUUAUAAAUGGUCUAUUUUUAUAUCAUUUAAUCCCGAUUUGGUUACACUGUUCUCAAGUUUUGUACGUGAAACUGCAUGGUCUGUACCGUUACUGUACCGUGCAUAUCCAUUGGGCAGGUUCUUUUGUAUUUUCUAGUGUGUUCCAACGUAAUAAACCAACAGUUUCUAAUUCCAUUCACCUAA